AUGCAACAUGCCAGUUCUCCUGAUAGCUAUGUCCAAGCAAAGGUUUCUUCAGUGGCUACUCAGUUGAUGAAAAGGGGUUGGUAA